AUGCACGAUCUUGUCCACGAUCUUGCAUGUUCAGUUUCGAAAUCAGAAGGUUUCAUGAAUAUGGAUGGUCGCACUGCUGAUGACAACCUUCAAGUUAGACACCUUGCAAUAGAAUCAAUUGGAGAGGAAACACGCAAGGACAUAAAAGAGAGAGCAAGUUAUCUCCGCACGUUGUUCUUGAGACGCAGCAUACCAGAUGAAAUUUUGCCAAACUUCAAGCAUUUGCAUUCUCUAAAGCUACGUCGUGCAAAUAUUAAAGAAUUGCCAACAUCAAUUGGCGAGUUGAAACAUUUGAGAUAUCUUGAUGUGUCCAACAAUCAUGGUCUCACUACUCUGCCAGAAUCUGUUUGCAAGCUCUACAAUUUGCAAACCUUGAGGAUUCUAGGCUACUACAGAUUGCCAAGGAUUCCUAGAGAUCUGCAAUUCUUGAUUUGUUUAAGGCAUCUCUGUUUUCGUACGGAUUGCAAUGAUUUCGAGAUGCCACCUAAAAUCGGAACUUUAUCUUGCCUUCAAACAUUACCAGUUUUUUGUGUGAGUGACAAGGAAGGUUGUCGAAUCGAUGAGCUGGGAAAGUUGAAGAAUCUUAAAGGCGAACUACAAAUACGGAAUCUGGAAUUGGUGAGCGGCAAAACAGAAGCUGAGUAUGCAGAUAUGGCUGGAAAGCUAAACAUCUAUAAGUUACACUAUCAUUGGAAGUCAACGGAUUCCUCAGAAAGUAACAUCAAUGAUGAGAGUGUACUUGAAGGGCUGCAACCUCAUGAAAAGCUCAAAGGCCUAACAAUUCAAGGAUUCCGAGAUAGAACAAAAAACUCACACAAAUGGUACUAUAAAACAAUAGCGAAAUCUGGAAAAAAAAGGUGUACCUGA